CGCUUCACAUAUGCCUCUCUACUACUAGUACUACUACGGCUGACCAAAUACCGUUCCCCAAACAACGCCCACAUAACUGGUUUGCAGGGUCACCACGAGCUAUCUAGUCUUCGGAAAUAUGGCACUUUUCUCUUUCUUUGCAGGUUGGAUCAGUUAUUUGCUUAUUUGCCUGCUUGGAUUGAUUUUCAUCGCAUUUCUCUGUUUUUGUCUUUACAUAAAAUAUAUUCAUCUGAAAUAUGAUCACAUACCGGGACCACCAAGGGAUAGUUUUAUAUUUGGUCAUUCCCCAACCAUGCUGAGGGAGAUGAACAAUGGUCGAGUUGUCCACGACAAAUUUCUGGAAUGGGCUGAGACUUAUGGACCGGUGUACCGUAUCAAUGGUUUGCAUGUUGUGGUGUUGUGUGUGACCUGUCCUGAUACCACCAAGGAAGUCCUGAUGUCACCUAAGUACCCCAAAGACUCACAGGUCUACAAGCGUCUCUUCAACCUGUUUGGACAGAGGUUUUUUGGAAAUGGCCUGAUCACAGCACAGAAUCAUGAUGAGUGGUACAAACAGCGAAGAAUAAUGGACCCUGCCUUCAGCAGUCUGUAUCUGCGGGGUCAGAUGGGUGCGUUCAACGAGAGGGCAGAGAAGCUGAUGGAUAAACUGGCGGACAUGGCUGACACCAACACAGCUGCCAACAUGCAACACAUGUUCAACUGUGUGACACUGGAUGUCAUCACUAAGGUGGCGUUUGGAGUGGAGCUGGAUCUGCUGAAGGAGAGUGACUCUCCGUUCCCCAACGCUAUAGAGACGUGUCUGAAGGGAAUGGUCCACUAUGUCAGAGACUUCACCUUUCAGCUCUACCCAAAGAACAAGAAGUUCAUCAACGAGGUGAAGAAGUCUUGUCAGCUGCUGCGUUCGACAGGCAGACAGUGGAUCAACGAGAGGAAAAUGGCCGUCCAAAACGGAGAGGACGUUCCAAAAGACAUCCUCACACAGAUCCUCAAGACGGCUGGCAAAGAGGAAAACAUAGCAAACGAUGAUGAGGAGCUUAUGCUGGACAACUUUGUGACGUUCUUCAUUGCGGGGCAAGAGACAACAGCCAAUCAACUAGCUUUUGCCGUCAUGGAACUGGGAAGGCUGCCAGAGAUACUGACAAAGGUGAAGCAGGAAGUGGAUGACGUCAUCGGCAUGAAACAGGAAAUCAGCUAUGACGACCUGGGGAAAAUGACCUACCUGUCUCAGGUUUUGAAAGAGACUCUAAGGUUGUACCCUACAGCACCAGGCACUUCUCGUUUCAUCCCUAACGACAUCGUCAUCAACGGCAUCCCCAUCCCAGCAGGAGUCUCAUGCUUGUUCAAUUCGUAUGUCUGUGGAAGGUUGGAUAAGUUCUUUGAGGACCCGCUGAAGUUUGACCCAGAGAGGUUCCAUCCAGACGCUGCCAAACCCUAUUACUGCUACUACCCCUUCGCCCUGGGACCACGCUCAUGUCUGGGACAGAGCUUCGCACAGAUGGAGGCCAAGGUAGUGAUGGCCAAGCUGCUCCAGAGGUUUGACUUCAGCCUGCUGCCUGGCCAGUCCUUUGACAUCCUGGACACUGGGACUUUGAGACCAAAGAGUGGAGUGGUGUGUAACAUCAGACACAGAGGACAGACACCCGCAGACUGACCUGACUGGGACCUGAACAUGACUAGCACUUCUCUAUAACUUGUCUUAUUUCUUAUACUUCCUAGUGGAGCAAAUUCUCUUUCUUUCAAUGAAGCACCUUAUUCAAAUAUCUAGCUAUUUUUUAUGAAAAUGGAUUUUGAACAAUUGUUAAUUCUUUGUAUUAAUGGUGAAAUAAUAUCUUAAAUAUGACGGUUCUAUGUGUUGAAGAGUUACUAGGACAGACUUGACAUCCGAGUGUUUGUAUUUGUACCGAUUCCUUGUUGUUAAUUUACCCUUAUCAUGUAGUUACUAUGCAGUAUACCAUUUAUCACAUAAUAUAAAAGGUUACUAUGCAGUAUACCAUUUAUCACAUAAUAUAAAGGUUACUAACCAGUAUACCUGUAAGGGUUUUCUUCUGGUGAAAGAGAGGCGGACCAAAAUGCAGCGUGGUGGUUAUUCAUGUUUUUAAUGAAGACAACUAUACAUGAACAGACUAAACAAAACAAGAAAAGUGAAAACCUAAACAGUCCUAUCUGGUGCAAACACAGAGACAGGAACAAUCACCCACAAAACCCAACACAAAACAGGCUAACUAAAUAUGGUUCCCAAUCAGAGACAAUGACUAACACCUGCCUCUGAUUGAGAACCAUAUCAGGCCAAACAUAGAAAUAGACAAACCAGACACACAACAUAGAAUGCCCACCCAGCUCACGUCCUGACCAACACUAAAACAAGGAAAACACAUACGAACGAUGGUCAGAACGUGACAAUACCAUUUAUCACAUAAUAUAAAGGUUACUAUGCAGUAUACCAUUUAUCACAUAAUAUAAAGGUUACUAUGCAGUAUACCAUUUAUCACGUAAUAUAAAGGUUACUAUGCAGUAUACCAUUUAUCACAUAAUAUAAAGGUUACUAUGCAGUAUACCAUUUAUCACAUAAUAUAAAGAGAUUUAUAAAAUAUAUAUUAACUUCUUUGAUGAACUUCCUAACCAACAUUACCACAGUGCCUCUGUUGGAGUGAAUUGACUAUAUUUUAAUAAAAUAAUUGACCAAACAUCA